GUUCUCAUAUUGCUCCUUAACGCCAAUAUUGCGAUAUAUUUGGGUUGUUUAGAUUGAAGAGAUCUUCGUAUUUCUGAGACAUUUUGGACGACUUAGUGUACAGUCUUGAGGUAUUGUCCUUGCAUAACGACCGGAGCCGGAAGAAGAGACACGAUUAACCGCAAAAACCUCAACAAGGAUCAACCGCCACGGUGCAGGAUAGUGGCUGCCGAGCUAAACGAAGCAAAGCCUAGCCGAGCCUCCAAAAUGACAGAUCGAGGCCGGCGUGUACGACGUCAGGUCAGCGACUUGACUGAAGACAUUUCCGAAGAGUCAGAUACAGGCAGUGGUGAAGAUUACGAUCCUCGGAUAGCAGACUCGAUGCGCAGAGCAGGCAGAAAUGACUCAUCAACGGCUUCAAGCCCGGCCUCAUCCCGGCCUCGUCGAUUUGGAGCUUCGGCCAUCACCACCACCACCACCUCCUCUGCAUCGGUCCAGCGUGGACCAACCUGGCCUGAUGACCGGCGUCACAGUCUCAAGCUGACAGUAAAGGCACCUCCAAGCAGACUCCGCGAAGUCAUGCGUGCCAAUGAGGUUGACACACUAAAAGAUACUCUCGGUGGUGGUCAGGUGUUGGAUGGUCCACGAUCCAGCCGUAGAACAGCUCUAGCCGCCAGGUCCAGCACUCGCAGCAAUCAAAGACCCACCUAUGCAGAACUAGACGAAAGUGAACUUGACGCUGAAGAAGACGACGACGAGGAGGAGGGCGAGGAAGAAGGGGUGGAGGAGGAAGAUGCGAUGAACGAUUUCGAUGCACUCGGCGCAGAAGCCGAAGGAGGCACAGACGACGAAGACGACGAAGACGACGAAGACGAUGAAGACGUUGACAUGGAAGAUGCGCCGCUUCCCCCACCAAAGCGACACGCUCCGCCGAAAGCGCCUAAGAUCACGCUGAAGCCACCGGCGAGGAAGUCAGAUGGCAAGCAGACUUCGAAGCCCAAACUCGUUGUCACCCCUGCCAAGGUUGGACCAGUCAAGUCUGUGGAGGAUCAAGAAAUGGCGGACGACCCGGGUGAUGAGGAGGUCGAAACCUCGUCAGACCUGUCCGAUGAAGACGACGAGACAAAUGCAAAUAUCGAUGAUGAAGAUGCUGAAGGCGAAGAAGAUGAGGUCGAGGUCGAGGUCGAAGAGACAACCCUCGCGGUCGAAGACGAAGAGCUUGACGAGGACGAAGAAGAUGACGACAGUCUGGACGACAGCGAUGGGACACCAGCCUCGGGUAGUGCCACGCCGGAUCUGAGUAAAAUGACGAAGAGGCAACGAGGUAGAGCCGAAGAUCAAAAUACAUUGAUGGCAUUGGAUAUGGCGCCACAGCAGAGAAAGUUCUUCACCGAUGAGGAAAAGGCCAUGAAGAAGGACGAGCAUGCCAGAAAACGAAAAGAGUUGACAAAACGAAAGGUGCAGGAGGAAAAGACGGCCGCGUUGAAUCGUUUGCUCAAACCCCAAGUUUCCAAGACAAGAGGCGCAGCUCCAAAGCCAGAGACUCUCGCUGCGGCGGCUGCGGCAAUUGGAUCACCUUACGAAGAGGAAGAAGUUGCGCCGAGAGCCCACCCGCUCUACACCAGAUGGGUUAGCACGAGGGAUGGCCUCAAGCUUGGAGUUCCAGAGGAGUGGCUAGGCAAGAACGUCGGCCGGUACUUCGAGGCAUCGCUGCAAUCGAGCAAAGGCGCUCUUGUGCAGCAGGUCGAGUGACGUAUGUAAGCUGUGGGCAGGCGUUAAUAGUCAUUGAGUGGUUGAUGGAGUAUCAUUGAAGCGAGUAGAUGGCAUAAAGUAGAAGUUGGGAGAGGCUGGCAUAGCGAAAUAUGCAAUAGCUGGUAUGCAAGCAACCUCACAUGUUUA